GGAUUCUAAUCAACAUCGGACAAAUGAUGGAAGAGGUCAAUCAACCUCAAAACUAAAUCAAAUGCUUAAAGAUUUUGACUAUACGUUACAAAUACCAAAGAGGCAAACCCCUAAAUUAGGAGGUACAAUAGGACGUAAAACUGAGCUGAAUGUAAAAUAUUUACAAAUAAACUUAGACGAGUUGUUUGAGAAAAACAUUUAUCAUAUUAAUGUUCAAUUUACUCCAGAUUGUCCAGACAAAAUUCUAAGGAGUGCUUUAAUAAAAGAAUUCAACCGUAAACAUUAUGCAAGUUGUCCUAUUGCUUUUGAUGGAUAUAAAAACAUGUACUCAGUCAAAAAAUUGAAUGACAAAUGUGAUAUGGUAACAAUUACAAGAGGAAAAAAUAAUAAAACCAUUGACUUUAACAUUCAGACAAAACAUGUUAAGACAAUAUUUAUGAACAAAGUUAAGGAGUAUUUAUUAAAUGGUUCAUCCAUUAAUCCUCCUCAAGAAGCUUAUCAAGCAUUGAAUAUCGUAUUAAAAAAUCAACCCUUUUCUUUGAAAUUUAUCAUGGGGGAAUAUUUUUUCUCCGUCCCACGGAACAUACCAUUUGUUGUAGAAGAGAGAAGAGAAAUGUGGAAUACAUAUUUUCAAUAUCCUACCAUUGGCUGGAAACCCUAUCAGAACUUUCAAGAUUAUGUGAAUUCUUCGACAAAAAUAAACCAUCCAAAAUUGACUGACUACAUAUACUACAAUUUGCAAUGCAAUCUCAAUUCUCAAAUGGAUGAUAGCAAACUCAUUAGUUUAGAAUCAUACGUAAAAGGAUUAAAAAUAGAUUUUCAACUUCCCGAUCAGAUACAUUCACGACGAAGAUAUAAAGUGCACAAGCUCUUUGAAUCUGCAAACAAAUUUUUAUUUGAAAUUGAUGAAGAAGGGAAAAAACAAACUUAUAAUAUCGUACAAUACUUUGAAAAAAUACAUAAAUAUACUGUCAAAUAUCCAAAUUUACCUUGUGUGCAUGUUGGUAGUCUUGGUAAAAAAACUGCCCUCCCGAUUGAAUUAUGCACUGUUAGAGGAAGACAAAGCCAUUUAAUAAAAUCGUCUAAAAACAAAUCAAGUGACACAGAAAGCCAAGGACAACGACCACCGACAGAUUGUUUUACUAAUAUUGAGAGUUUUAGAACCGGUGUUAAUAAUCAAAACACAAUAUUAAAUGAAUUUGGUAUUAAAAUUACAAGAAAUAUAGCUACCGUCCCAGCUAGAGUUUUAGAUCAGCCAUCAUUGUCAUAUCAUGGUCAUAAGGAAGUUAAACCACAUAAAGGCAAAUGGACGGCUGAACGGUUUUUUGAAGGUGUAACUCUUAGAAAAUGGAUUGUUCUAAAUUUGGAUAAAGAUAUUCAUACAGAAAAAAUCUAUGAAUUUGAGAAAAGAUUGAGGGGGUCCGGCCAGAGUGUAAAUGUUGACAUAAGUCCAAUGGCUCCUCCCUUUAACAUUCCUAUAAAACAAAAAAGUCACAUUAAUAAGAUUGAAAGGAAAGUUACUAACUUUUUUAACAAACAAAAACAUAUUAUGGAAUUAAUUGUUGUAAUUAUUCCAGAAUUUCCUGCUGGUGUAUAUGCGACUGUCAAGCAAUCGUCAGAAAUUCAAGUCGGAGUCCUAACACAAUGUAUUAAAUCUAAAACUUUGUCUUAUAAAAUGGGCCCAGACACAGCAAGAAAUAUUUUGUUAAAGAUCAAUUCAAAGCUUAACGGUAUAAACCAUACUUUGGCACUACAAAGCAGUCCGUCCAUUAUACAGGAUGCAAUAAUAUUUGGUGCUGAUGUAUCAUUCUCACCGAUAGAUGAAGCAUCACCAAUUUUACCCUCGAUUGCUGCUGUAGCAGCCAGUCAUGAUAUCAAUGGAUUUCAAUAUAAUAUGCAGUGGCGUUUACAGUUUCCUGAUAUAGAAAUAAUUCAAGAUCUAGAAAACAUUGUCCACGAUCAAUUAUUUAAGUUUAUUAAAAGUACAGGUAUCAUACCGAAAAAGAUAUUCUUUUUCAGAGAUGGUGCCAGUGUAUGUCAGUUUAGGCAAUUGUUAGAAUAUGAGUUAACUGCUAUACGCAAAGCAUGCUUACGCCACAAUCCUAAGUAUACUCCAGCCAUAACAAUUAUAAUUGUGCGUAAACAAAAUUAUACUAAGAUGUAUUCUAAUAACGAAGAAUUCAAUGGUAAAAAUGGAGCUGUUCCUCCUGGGACAAUUGUCAAUACUCAUAUUACACACCCGACCGAACUUGAUUUUUACUUGUGCAGUCACGUCAGCUAUGGCACCUCCAAACCAACUAAAUAUCAUGUAUUAUGGGACGAUAACUGUCUAACUGAAAAUCAACUAGAACAACUAACAUAUUUCUUAUGUUUUAUGUUAGCUCGAUGCACGCGUUCUGUUUCAUCUCCUGCACCCUUAUGCUAUGCACAUUUAGCUGCUUUUAGAGCACGGACUUACAUCAAAAAUAAAACAAUUGAUUUUAACCAUUUGGACGAAGAACAGAGGAAAAAAAUAUUCAACUCUGCAUUUUGUGUAAGCAAACCUAUGUAUUUUAUUUAAAAUAUGUGUAUCUACAUUUUUUGUGUACAUUUUAAUUUUUAAUUUCCUGUUUUAUGCUUAUAUAUCAGAAGUAUAAACAUAAUCUGUAGUGUUAUUAUCUAGAUUCUAGUUUAUAUACUUAUACUUUGUGUGAAUUUGGAAGAGUUGUUUCCAUAUUAAUUUAUAAUCGUAUGUGUAAAAUAUGUAAAAUUCGAUUUAAGGUACUAUAAUAUUAACUUAUACUAAUAAGUAUUCAUGUAAUUUUAUCAUUUCACAUUUUAUAAUUUACCUGUAAUUGAAGUCUGUAUAAAGAAUUUGUAUGUUUAAAUUCUUUAAACUUUAUGAUUUUUUUUCUAAAAUCUGACAUUUGUAAAUGUUGUCAUCCAAUUUUAAAUUAUUAUAGUUGAAUACAAUUUAUAACAGACAUUCUUAAUUUUUAUUUUAGUUCAUUAUAUUAUGGCAGUAACGGUGUAAACUGUUUUCUCUACUGGGACAAAAACAUUUUUUUUAGACCCCCCCCCUCCCAAAAUGUAUCGUAAAAGCCUGUUUCUCUUUGUUUUGACCUCAAUACUCUCAUAGGAACAAUUUUUUUUUCUUUACGGAUUAAUUUCCUUUACAAUAUAUAAUAUUACAGCAGUUUAGACAAAAAAAGAACAGUAUAAGAAAAACUUAUAAACUAACAAAAACAUUUUUACAACUACAAACUAAAUAUUGACCUAAUGUCAAUUAUAAGUACCCCUUCCCUUUAUUUGUCUUAAAAAUAUUUGUCGCGCCACUACUUAGAUGAAAUUGUUGAAUGGUUAUUAAUAAACAUUUUUUA